UUCCAUCCAAACACGGUCGAAAUCCGAUUUGGAAAACUUUCAACCUGACGCCAUAUAUAUACCCACGGCACAGACGGCACGAGGAGGUAGUACCACGUAGCAGUUGACGAGCGUCUUUGAUAUCGAUCUACGUGGAGUAGCCACGAUGUCGAGGGCGACGGCGGUCGUCCUCCUGCUUGCUGUCGCGUUCGUGUGGACGACGACGACCGUGGCGGCGGCGAGGCACCACCGCCACCACCAUGACGGGUUUGCAAAGGUGUUCGACCGGCAGCAGGCGGACCUGGUGCAAGCGCUGCCGGGCCAGCCGGCGGGGCUCGGCGUCCGGCAGUUCUCCGGGUACGUGACUGUGAACCAGACGCACGGCCGCGCCCUCUUCUACUGGUUCUUCGAGGCCACCCACGACGUCAGCAACAAGCCCCUCGUCCUCUGGCUCAACGGAGGGCCUGGAUGCUCGUCGCUUGGAUACGGAGCAUUGGAAGAGCUGGGGCCCUUGCUGAUCCAGAAGGGAACCCCUGAGCUCAGGCUCAACCCCGACGCAUGGAACAAAGAGGCAAAUCUGCUCUUCUUGGAGCAACCUGCCGGCGUCGGAUUCUCUUACACGAACACCACCGCCGAUCUCGAGAGAUUCGGCGACGACCUCGCUGGUACGUAUGCAUUGUAUUAUUAUUAUCCUUGGUUUAUUUUUCUGGUUUUCUUAGUUAACUUGAGUGGAUGCGUUGGUGAAUUAGCUCAUGACGCCUACACGUUCCUCGUCAACUGGUUCGAGAGGUUCCCGCAGUUCAAGGGCCACGAUUUCUACAUCGCCGGAGAGAGCUACGCCGGGCACUACGUCCCCCAUCUCGCCGAGAAGAUCGUGGAGCAGAACAAGAAGGUUCACAAGAGCAAGCACAUCAAUUUCAAGGGAUUCAUGAUCGGGAACGCGGCGAUCGACGAGGCGUCGGACAACCGUGGCAUGGUGGACUACGCUUGGGACCACGCCAUCAUCUCCGACGAGCUCUACGACGCCAUCAACAAGAACUGCAAGUUCGACCAGGCCGGGAACAGCAGCGACUUCUCGUCGUCUGGCCAGAACCCCAGCAACGCCGCCUGCGACCGCGCCAUGGACGGCUUCUACGAGGCGUUCGAUCACAUCGACAUCUACAGCCUCUACACCCCCGCCUGCACCGCCUCCGCCGGCACGGCGGGCCAGCUGCCGCGCCGCCUCCACCGGCCCUCCACUUCCACUCAAUCAGACAACAGCAGGCACCUGAGGCCGCGAUACAACAGCUACGACCCGUGCCUGGACAACUACGCCGCCGAGUACCUGAACCGCCGGGACGUGCAGGACGCGAUGCACGCCAACACCACCGGGAACAUCCCCUACGCGUGGACCGCGUGCAGCGACCCGCUGUUCCAGCACUGGAAGGACUCGCCGGCGUCGACACUGCCGGUGAUCAAGAGGAUGGUCGACGCCGGCCUCCGUGUGUGGGUGUACAGCGGCGACACGGAUGCACGCGUGCCCGUCUCGUCCACCCGCCAGGCGCUGCGCAAGCUCGGCCUCAAGACCCUCAAGCAGUGGAGGGAGUGGUUCACCAGCGACCAGGUCGGCGGCUACCAGGUGGACUACAACGGCCUCACCAUCGUCACCAUCCGCGGCGCCGGCCACAUGGUCCCGACCGUCACGCCGGUGCAGGCCAGGCAGCUCUUCGCGCACUUCCUCGCCGACAAGGAACUGCCGCCCAAACCCGUCGUCGCUUGAGCUUGGAACUAGCUUAGUGCUUUAAAGCCACUAUAGGCUAUAUAGGGGUUGUUUGAGUGGAUUGUCGUCGACCGAUCUCAUAGUUUGAACAAAAAUCUAGUUUCAAA